AUGGUGAGGAUAUGGAACCAUGCGACAAUAGGUGCGAAUUCAUUACUACGACAUCGUGACUGGGUACGUAUGGUAUCUACGAAUACGUCAAAGUCAAAGGUAGCAUUCUAUGAUCUUGUGGUGAUUGGAAGUGGCCCAUCCGCGACGCAAUGCGCACUUGAAUCAGCUAAACAGGGCAAGCGCGUGGCUAUUGUGGACAAGAAAACACGUCUAGGUGGUGUAUGUGUGCAUACUGGUACUAUCCCAUCCAAGACAUUUCGUGAAGCGGUGCUGCAUCUUUCUGGCUAUCGUCAUCAUGGUUUCUAUGGUAAGUCAUAUAGUAUGAAGACGGUCACGAUUCAGGACAUUCUGUAUCGCGUACAGCGUGUUGUGAGCUCUGAGGAGGACGUCGUUCGCGCACAGCUUAAAGCUGCCCGUGUAGAUGUUAUUCCUGGAUUCGCACGCUUCGAAAACGAGCAUGAAAUUUCAAUUGUAAAGGAGGACGAUGACAAGACAGAGACGAGUCAGCGCAGCAACGUAGACACGCUGUCCCGCAUUAAUGCCGACAAGUUCCUCAUUGGCUGUGGCACACGACCUGCUCACAAUCCGCUUGUACCUAUUGACGGAAAGGUGGUGAUCGACAGUGACCAGAUCCUCAGUCGUAACAUGCACCAAUUGCCUCGCUCGCUCAUUGUUGUGGGCGCCGGCGUUAUCGGCAUGGAGUACGCGUCCAUGAUAAAUGUGGUGCCUGGCCAUUCCGUCACGGUGGUGGAUGAACGCCCAGAUAUUUUGUCCUUUUGCGACCGCGAGAUCAUCAGUAAUCUUACGUACGAGAUGCAAAGCAAUGGCGCACGCUUUCUGCUUGGUGAGACCAUAAAAAAAGUCGAGACAACCGAUUCUCGAGUGAAAGUUUUCUUUAGCAGUGGCAAGGUGCUUAGUGCCGAUGCUCUUCUGUACACGGUUGGUCGUCAGGCGAGCACGGACGGACUGAAUUUGGAGGCAGUGGGGCUUUCGCGUAAUCAUCGUGGUCUGAUCAAUGUGAACAAGAACUAUCAGACCGACCAACCCCAUAUCUAUGCCGCAGGAGAUUGCAUCGGUGCGCCGGCGCUUGCGUCCACAAGUAUGGAACAAGGUCGCCUGGCAUCAUGCCACAUGUGGAAUCCAAACGAAGAGCUUGCCGCAACGAGUCAGUUAGAAAAUGGCAAAUACCCGUAUGGCAUCUACACGAUCCCAGAGAUUUCGAUGGUGGGUCAAACGGAGCAGUAUCUUACGAAAAGUUGCAUGAACUACGAAAUUGGUGUUGCAAAGUACUCGGAACUGGCAAAGGGCCAGAUGAUGGGUGCAAUAGCUGGUGGCACCUUGAAGAUCUUGUUUGACCCUGACACGCUCAAACUGCUUGGCGUGCACGCCAUUGGAGAAGGUGCCACGGAGAUUAUUCACAUUGGACAGGUUGCUAUGGCCAUGGACUGUACACUGACGUAUUUCCGCGAUGCUGUAUUUAACUACCCAACAUUGGCGGAGGCUUACCGCGUCGCUGCCUUGAAUGGACUGGGCCGUCUCAGUCGUGACAUCGAAGAACACUAA